UCAUUGUCGUUCGUUUAUCCGUUUGGCGCAACUCUGACGGUGAAUCGGCUAUCAACAGCCGUAUUAUCAACCGGAAGUGCGUGCUAUCCAAUCAAUCGACCCAUAUGCGCUUUCCAUAACUUACAGGAUCCUGGCGGUAAACUCGUCGUUGUGGGUUCAGUGCAAAUGUUCUGCGAUCAGUAUCUGGAAAAGGAAGAAAAUGCUAAAAUAUGGGAUGUUAUUCUCAAAUACCUCACCGAAGGUAUUGUGCUCAAUCAAUUGGACAGUAAUGAACCGGACCUGGCGGAUGCCCAUCCAAUACCUGAUCAUAUUUACCUAUCAGAGCAAGUUAAAGUUUGCUUACAAGAGGGUGAUUUCGAGGUUGUUCAAAGUAGUGACUUCAUGAAAUUGUUCGAUACAACUUUACACACAAUGGACUUGUCCAUAUGGCCGAAAACCAUCAAAGCUUAUGAAGAAAUCGGACUCAAACACGAGCCUCUGACACUAAUCACGCCACAUUUCGAGGUUCCCUUGCCGCCACUUCAGCCAGCCGUAAGAAUUUUUGUUUUUCCAUUCGGUACUUCCAACAAUGUUCCCUGCCUGGUGUUUUUCAGUGUGGUGCGAAAGUGGCAAUCAUCACAUAUUGCCGAUAAUACGCAAUGGUGUAAGGAUCGACAUGAAUAA